GUGGUUCCAGAUGUGCGCAAGUCAUGAUUCCUCUGAGGUACGACCACUGGAACAGCGCUGAGUGAAACACGAUGUCUGCUGAAUUGUACAUAUCACCAAGACCCACAGACGGCAAUGGAUCAGUACAAACCACCACUACAGGAGGAGCCAAACCACUGCACCGCUUCAUCAAAGGACAACCAAAGAUAGUUGGGAUCAUUGUAAUGGUUUUGGGAACAUCUAUUUUUACUGUUACUGCUGUGGUUGUAGAAGACAGAGACAUGCACUAUGUAUGGACAGUCAUCCCACCUGGCUUUCUACAAGGAACAAUGUACAUCAUAUGUGGAGUUCUGUAUAUAUUAACAGAGCACAAUCCAACAAAGAAAACAGUUACUAUCUCCUUGGCGUUGAGUAUUGUCACCUUACUUGGGACUUUGUGGACAAUUCUGCAUAUCCUACCUGAUCUUGCAUAUGGGCAUUAUGUUAGACACUAUGAAUAUAUGGAAGAAAAUAUCACAGAUACUUUUUUUGCAACAUUACAAUAUGAGACCAUGGGCAGGUGUUUGGAAGCAAUUUUUCUGGUCAAGUUCUUAAUGGGAGGAAUAAUUUUUGUUGUUAUGUCAACUCUGGGGGGUAUUGCCCUGCGUUCUACCAAAAAUCAGGCCAUUGUAGUGAUGACAACUGCACAGACAGAAACCACUGUGGAAUAGAAACCAGAAUAAAUACACCAUCAAUAGGUUUUGUAUGUAAUUCAAAUUUCCUUUACAGUCUUCUAAAAUUAACGAUAUGUUUAAAUAAUAAUUACAAACACACACUUUAAUUUCUUUAUUUUAAUAUUAAAGACACAAUAUACAUCAUAUUUAUUACAACAUAAUAAAGUUUUAAUGACUUUUGUUUUUA